AUGGCUCUUCGUUGGGGAAUUAUUGGCUGUGGAUUUAUUUCCAAUGAUUUCGUUCGGUCGCUGAGUGUGGCCAAGGAGAAUCAUAAAGUAAAUAAAUAUUUGUUCUGACAACUUCGAACGUGCUUUAGGUAGUUGCUGCUGCUGCAAGCACGCUGCAACGAGCUGAAGAUUUUAUUAAAAAAGUUGGGUUAACGAAUGUCAAGGCUUAUGGAAGUUACGAUGAAUUAUUGGCUGAUAACAAUGUUGGUAUGUCUUACAAUUAUACUUCCCAGUUCUUUUAGACGUUGCAUAUAUUGGAUUACUCAACGAUUGCCAUGUAACCUGGACAGUAAAAGCAAUAAAGGCUGGGAAACAUGUUCUUUGUGAAAAACCCCUCGGGGUAAAUGUGAAAGAAGUCAAGCUGAUGAUCGAAACUGCUAAAUCUGAGAAGAAAUUUCUAAUGGAGGUAAGUGUUUAAUGACGUCUUUUGGCUCGCAGCUCAGAACAUUCAGAAAAAAAUAUUUUUUUUUGAGUUCUUGGGCCUGAAUUGUUGGUAUAGGUUAUCAAAACAUGAUCCCAAUUUUUUUUGCCGAAUUAUGCUCGAAAGAUAAAAAUUUGCAUACCGCAGUUAGCGGUGUCUUGAAGUCUACAGUGGCCAUGCUUUUUACCUAACGAGGAAAGUACUUCUAUGGGGUGUGGAGUUAUAGGUCGAAAAAAUUCGCAAAAAUUUUCUGAUUCAGAAUAUAUAAAAAUUAGCUGCCUAAUUUUGGUCUAUCAACGAGUUUUAUCAAUAAAUGUAUUUCUCGAGGAAAAAAACUGCGGCAACAAAAGCGCGCUCGGUCUCUUCCUUCGGAAGAGAGCGGUGUGGCCGAGUGGUUAUAGCGCUAGAUUGGGAAUCCGAAGGGAACGGGUUCGAUUCGUUUUGCCACACUAGAACCCAUUUAUUACAUUGGAGCUACUUCUAACAAGGGAAGUCACUUUUUUCGCAGACGGACUUUGGAACGAGACCUAGUAGGUUUCAAACGUGAAGCGCCUGCGAUCAUAAAACUGAUUUCCAAAAGUGUUUACGGGACUUCUCGGCCGAGAAAAACGACCGCAAAGUUUAGCCGAAAUGAGCGAAUAGCCUCCUCAAAAGAAACAGCUUAUUUCAUCUGCAGUGGUGGCCGAGUGGUCAGCGCGCUCGUUUUUUGCGCCAGAAGACGUGAGUUCGACUUCGGCCGUCUGCGGAUGCAUUUCUUUUGGCCAUUGAAAUAAAUAGCGAAAUGCCGUUAACAUCGCAUGUGCAAACUAUUAGCAAUUUUUAAUAAAACACGAAUUUAGAAACUAUAUCUUCAUUAACCCAGGCCUGUUUUGACUUUACAAUAUUCAUGAACAUUCAGCUUUGAAUUUAUGUUUAAAUUACUGUAAAAAAAUUAAAAAAGUGUAUACAUUUUAUUUUUACAUACUAAAUCAAUAUUUACGAACCAAAAAGAAAAUAAACUGCGCAGAGGAUCGAACCCGCCCCUUCUUGCGCAAAAAGCGAGCGCACUGACCACUCGGCCACCACUGCAGAUGAAGCAAGAUCUUUCUUUUGAGGAGGCUAUUCGCUCAUUUCGGCUAAACUUUGCGGUCGAUUUUCUCGGCCGAGAAGCCCCGUAAACACUUUUGGAAAUCAGUUUUAUGAUCGCAGACGCUUCACGUUUGAAACCUACUAGGUCCCGUUCCAAAGUCCGUCUGCGAAAAAAGUGACUUCCCUUGUAAGGUGUAGUUGUAAUCUAAUUUGAUAUUUUAAGGCUUGUCAAGGACUCAGAAUUUAUUUUAGCACAAAACAAAAAUUUUUUAUUGGUAAAAACACGGUCAAAAAGACACUUGCAUGGUGUCGCGAGAAAACUUCUGAGGUCAAAAACAUGUCAUCAGACCAAAAUUAGGCAGCUAAUUUUUAUAUAUUCUGAAUCAGAAAAUUUUUGCGAAUUUUUUGAUAUAUACCUCGACCGGUAAUUCCACACCCCAUAGAAGUACUUUCCUUGUAAAAUACGGUUUUUAUAUUUCGAUCCCGUUCUUUCGAAAUGGGGCAAAAAAAAUUGCUUACUUUGUUAGUUGUCGGAUCGAAUUGAAUAUGUGCAUUAAUGGCCUAGAGCAUGGUGAAAGUUGAUUUCAAAAAAAAAACAAAACAAUUUGCGUCCGGAGUUUUAUGAUCAACAGCGGUCGGGGUCAACACAAAAUCAUCAAUACCGCACCGUGAAAAAAACCCCCAUGCUUAGGUAUUAGCAGUAUGACAUCACUGUUAUUCCAGGCAUUCUGGUCUCGCUUCUUCCCGGUUUGGUUGGAUAUCAAGGAGAAGAUCGCUGCUCGUGAUCUGGGCGAUUUAAGGGUGGUUAAUAUCAACUUUGGAGUAUUGUUGGCUGAUACUAGGAAGGACGUCACCAAAGGAUCGACUCCCUUGUACGAUAUUGGUUUAUAUACGGUGAGUCUGGCAUUAUAUGCCUUUGGGAAGAAGCCCUCGAGUGUCGAUGCGAUUGGGGCCAAGGACAAACACGGUGCAGAUGCUUGGGCCAAUAUUACUCUUCAAUUUGGAGACGAUCAAAGGGCGGUUUUAUAUUACGAUGCCAAUAAUCGGCCUGUGAACAAUGCUAUUCUGAACUUUGAGAAUGGAAGUAUUCAGGUGAGCAGAAGAUGCGUAAGAGGAUAAUUUUGUAGAUACCCGACUUCUUCUGGUGCCCCAAUGAGUAUACCUUGAUCAACCGAAAGACUAACGAACAUACCACCAUCAGUCAUUCAUACCCCGGAAGCCAAGACAAUUAUCAUUACAAUCACAGCUCCGGCCUCAGUUAUGAAGCCGAUCAUGUGUACAAGAAGAUCCAGGAAGGUAAAGAAAUUUUGAUUUUAAUCAUACUCUAGAAUUAGACAUAGUAGUAUACUUUCAGGUCAAAUUGAGAGCGAAAGGAUGAGUCAUGACGAUUCGGUCGCCAUCCAUGAAGUCUUGGAGAAAGUCAGAAAGGACCUUGGUGUAGUCUUCCCUCAAGAUUAG